GGUGCCGACGGGGGCUGUUCCGUGCCGCGGCGGGGCAGUGCGGAGCGGCGGCGGGGGAUGUGGAGCGGUCGGGCCCCGGGCAGAUGAUGGCGAUACGCGAGCUGAAAGUGUGUCUGCUUGGAGAUACUGGGGUUGGGAAAUCAAGCAUCGUUUGUCGAUUUGUCCAGGACCACUUUGAUCACAAUAUUAGUCCUACAAUUGGAGCGUCCUUCAUGACUAAAACUGUGCCUUGUGGGAAUGAGCUUCAUAAAUUUCUAAUCUGGGACACAGCUGGUCAGGAACGGUUUCAUUCCUUGGCUCCAAUGUACUACCGAGGUUCAGCAGCAGCCGUGAUAGUUUAUGAUAUCACCAAGCAGGAUUCUUUUCAUACUUUGAAGAAAUGGGUGAAAGAACUAAAAGAACAUGGUCCUGAAAAUAUUGUAAUGGCCAUCGCUGGAAACAAAUGUGAUCUUUCUGAUAUCAGGGAGGUUCCUAUGAAGGAUGCCAAAGAGUAUGCAGAAUCUAUAGGUGCAAUUGUUGUUGAAACCAGUGCAAAGAAUGCCGUUAACAUUGAAGAACUUUUUCAAGGAAUAAGUCGGCAAAUUCCACCUUUAGAUCCUCAUGAAAACAGUAAUAAUGGAGCCAUCAAACUUGGAAAGCAGACUUCACAGAUGGGUAGGCGGUGCUGCUGACCCAACUUGAUCUUUUUAGAUUUACUUGAAAAGCAGCACCAUUUGCUUUUUCACUGGGAAAAGGACUUUGUGAUCUCAGUGAUGUGGCUUCUUAUAUUGAAAGCUGUAAUUUCAAUACUUCCCAUGAGCAAUAAUGCAAGGACCAGAAGCAGAAAGCUUUACUUCAAAGAGAUUUUGCAAAACUGAGUUGGAAAAUCAUCUCUAAUAUCCUGUCAGAAUUAUAAUGUCAGAGUAUUCCAAUUCUCCAUUUAAGCCAAUGACUAUUGUCCUUUUAUUUUAAAUAAAAAGAUCCUUUUAUAUACAAAUUUUAGAUUUGCUGCAGAAACUUUUCUUCUUGCAUUGCAAAGUGGACUUGACAGGUUUUUAGAGUUUUUUCUUUAGUAAUAGGGUGGAAAAAACACCAUAAACCCUCAAUUUUGGCUUAGUGUUUCUCUAGCAUCUUUCUAGCAGGACUCUGCUUCUGUAUUUUUCUAAAUUUGUAGCUUCAUCUCAUACUUUCAAUAAGCAUCAGCAAGAAAUGGACUGAAUUGCUAACUAGGAAAAAAAAACCAACAACAUGGAUCCAAAGGAUGAUCAAGUACAGUUUCUACAGGGUAGAAGUCAAAAUCUGUGUCAGGAGGUGCUGUGUAUGUGAAAGAAGUUGUCAUGAAGGACACUGCUGGACUCCAUGCAAUUCGCAGUCUGCUCCAGAAAGAAAUGAAGAUGCAGCCACUGUGCUUUCCCUGGACUGAUUGCCUGUCCAAGAUGUAGGCCUCAUUAAUAACUGAAAUUAAGAAAAAAAUAUAAAUGCCAUCUUAUUCUCCACUACGUACAAGGUUUGCUCCAGAUCUGUGCUCCAGAGCAGAGCUGUCUCUGCUCAAAGAUGCCACUUCCCUGAUUUCUAAGAGAGCGCCACACUGCUCCACUUCUUCGUGGUCUCACUGCAGCUUUCCGAGAAGUCUUCAAAUUGGAAGAAUUAUAUUUCUGUACAAAAACAUCUUAUGAGAACAUAUCAUUUGGAGUUAAAGGCUGGACUGUAAUAAAACAAAGGAAAGUGUUUCUUUACAAAUGCAAUUCUGUGAACUUGUGGAGUAGUCCCACAUCCCGCGUGGGGAUGGGGUAUGAUGUUACUGCAUGAUACUUUUGAAGCUUGAUGCACUUGAAAAUAUGAUGUAGAAAAAAAAUGUGUCCAAUUGGUGGUUGUGAACUAGAAAUACUGUAGAACUGUAUGUGUUUUCCACUUCCAUCUUUUAUGGAUAUGUGCAACUGAUCUGAUAAAAUAUGAAUUUAUCAAUUUCAUUA